AUGGGCGACAGAAAACGCAAGCGCGAAGAAGCCACUGGCGGCGGUGCUGAACAACAAAAACCGAAACGAGUCAAGAACAAGGUCAAAUAUUUACCAAAGGGUAACAAAGGGCGAAAGCGAGCUACUCAUCUUGCCAAUCAACCUGGGAACGGCGCAAAUGCGAUUCCGGUGCAGGAGAGGGUUAGAGAUGUUCCUGAAGAUGCUGCUGUACCGGCAGAAGAAACAAAGGCCGUGGAGGAAGGAAGCAAACUUGCUGGAGAAGAUUUUUUCGUGAUUGACACUACGCCCAUGAACGUCGAGGAAGUCGAACAGAAGAAGAAAUCAAAGGGACAACUCAAACGCGAGCAUCAAGCGGCCAAGGAAGCUGAGCAUCACUCUGCCGAAUGGUUAGCAGAAAAGGAAAAGGAGAAGAAGAGGCGCGAAGCGAGGGAGCGUAGGGGAAGAAACGAUAAGAGGAAGGAGACGAAGCAAAAGGAAGAGAGUAAGAAGAGGAAGGAGAGGAAGGAAAGGGAGCUGAAAGCUGAAGAAGAGGAAAAAGAAGAUGAUAAGACUACGUCGUCUUCUUCUUCAGAGUCGGAUUCGGAUUCGGAUUCUGAUAGUAGUUCUAGUUCUGGAUCGGAGUCGGGGACUAAGAAGGCUACUACGCCCAAAGUCGUUGAGAAGAAGGCCGAGAGAAAGAAGGAUGCUCCCAAAGAAACGAAGCAGGAGGACCAAGCCAAUAAACCACGCUUCAUCGUCUUUGUUGGAAACCUUCCCUACACCGCAACAAUCGAGUCCGUAAAAGCGCACUUUUCCAAAAUCCAACCCAUCUCCGUGCGCGUCGCAACCGACAAAAAGAACAGCGACAAAUGCCGCGGUUUCGGCUUCGUCGAAUUCGAACAAUUCGAUCGUAUGCAGACCUGUCUCAAGCUCUAUCAUCAUUCCUCCUUUGAUGAUGGGAAGAGUCCUGCUAGGAAGAUCAAUGUUGAACUUACAGCCGGCGGAGGCGGAAAAUCAGAAACGCGACGCACAAAGCUGAAAGAAAAGAAUCAGAAAUUAGCCGAAGAACGGGCAAAGAAUGCGCAGGAAGAGAAGAAGAAGAAACAGCAAAACAAAGGAGGGGAAGAGAAGAAAGAAGAGGGAGGGGAGUAUUCGGGUAUUCAUCCUAGUCGAUUGAAUAUGAUGCGGUAGUAGUUAUCGAUUCGUGGGUUCAAGA